GCGCAGAGCGCCGCAGCGGCUCCGCGCAUCGGGGGGCGGGGGCGCCCCGCGCUGGCGCGCGCCCGCGCGCGCGACGACACCAUAACGAUGGGCUCCGACGGGGCGCCCGCGGCGCGCAGCCCGGGCUCCACGCCCGGCCUCCGGCCCGGAGACCAGGUGGUCGUCUCGGGCCUCGAGUCGCCGGAGGGCAGGCAGCUGAACGGGCAGGAGGGCACCGUGCUGCGCUUCGUGGAGGCGAAGGGCCGCUUCGAGGUGCGGCUCGACGAGGGCAGGGUGGUCAGCCUGCAGCCGCGCAGCCUGGGCCUGGCGCCUUCGCUCGUGGACGACUCGGGGUGGGCGGCAGGCGACCAGGUGCGGCUGGCGGGGCUGUGGCGGCAGGGCGCCGAGGAGAAGCUCGCGCCCCUGAACAGCCACCUCGGGUUGCUGGCCUGUCGGGCCAGCGGCGGCUCCUGGCUCGUCGAGGUGGCCGGCAAGCACCACCUGGUCCGCGCCCGCCACCUGCGGGUCUGCACCGCCGCGGACGAGGCCCGCUGGAGCCUGCGCGCGCUGGGCGCCCGGGGCCGGGCCCUGCUGGCCCUGGCGCUCGUGGCGACCCUGCUGCUGCUGCUCGAGGCGGAGUCGGCCUGCAGGCGGCUUGGCGCGCUGCGGGCCGCAGAGGGGGGAGCCGUGCCCGGCCUGCGCGUGGCGCUGCUGGGCGCGCUCGCGCCCGCCGGCUCCCUGCUCUGGAUCGUGGGGACCGUGGCCGGCUGCUACGCCAUACACGCGCCGCUGCUAGACCCGGAGGUGCCCUUCCCGCAGAUCUCCGAGCUCGGCGUGGGGCCCUCGGCCGCGAAGGCGCUGUACCGCUGCGGCUUCGCCGCGGCGGCCACGCUGCUGGCGGCCAUGGUGUGCCUGCACCGCGAGCUGUGCCUGCCCCACCUGCCGGGCGGCAUCGACGGCGAUGCGGGCGAGUCGUUCACCCGCUGCGGCGCCGCGGCCGCGGCCGGCGUAGCGCUGCAGGGGGUCUGCCUGCUGGAGCCGGGCAUGUCCAGGCAGAGCGCGGCACACGGCGUGGGGGCGCUGGUGUUCUUCGGCGGCGUGUGGUUCUACAUGGGCGCCGCGGCGAGGCUGUACCUCCCUCGGGACCGGUUGCCGCCGGAGAGCUCCCCGGACUACGACGACGUCUUGGGCGCGGUGGAGGAGGCCGCGGCGUCGGCGCUGCUGUCGCUGCCCGCCGUGGAGACGCUGGUGAUGCUGCGACACCGGGCGCUGAUGAACGCACCGCUGGCCGUGUUCAUCGUGCCACUCAUCAGCCAGUUCACCGAGCGCGCUGCGCCAGCGGCUAUCUCGGGCGCCAGCUCCCCCCGCAUGCGCAGCAUGAUGGGCCUGAUGCAGUGGCUGAUCGUCCUCGACUUCGCGCUCAUCUUCGCCUCCUACGGCCCGGAGCUGGUCUGGGCUGCUUGGCUCCCGGUGCCGGCUGCUGAGGGCUAG